AUGUACCUGAUCACUGUGUUUGGAAAUCUGCUCAUCAUCCUGGCCAUCAUCUCAGAUUCCCGCCUCCACACUCCCAUGUACUUCUUUCUCUCCAACCUGUCCUUCGUGGACAUCUGUUUCACCUCUGCAAGCAUCCCCAAAAUGCUGGUGAACAUCCGGACUCAGAGCAAAGUCAUUACAUAUGCAGGCUGCAUUUCCCAGAUGUACUUUUUAUUGCUUUUUGCAGGGUUAGAUGACCUUCUCCUGAGCGUGAUGGCUUAUGACCGAUUUGUGGCCAUCUGUCACCCCCUGCAUUACAUGGUCAUAAUGAACCCCCAGCUCUGUGGGUUGCUCGUUCUGGUAUCUACCAUCACCAUUGUCUCCUUAUUUUAUGGUACAAGCCUAGGAGUGUACCUUAGUUCUGCUGCUACACACAAUUCACAAUCGAGUGCUGCAGCGUCAGUGAUGUACAUGGUAGUCACACCCAUGCUGAACCCCUUCAUCUACAGCCUGAGGAAUAAAGACAUGAAGAGGGUUCUGAAAAAAUCUUUGGGAGGGAAACCAUAA